GGGUUAGAAGGCUAGCAGUUGCCUUACAGUCUGGCAAAUAAUCUUGUGUGGACAGGACAGGCUGAGUAAAUGAGCAAGAGGGGGAUUGAGGGAGGGGGUUAGCCUAUUAAUCGGAUUGUGCGCUACAUUUUAGAAAACGCCUACUUCUCCACAGGAGCGUGUUCAUCACUUACUAACCUACUUACCAGCCGAUAGCAUGUUCAUACUGUCUAAUUCAGUUUGGCGCUUCGAGUGUGUUGAUAAAUAUGAGAUGUGAAGAGAAGGGAACUGCCCUGGAAAAAAAGAAACUUUUUCGUUCUGGUGCCCAAUUUUGGAGACGUGGAUUCAUGGGUGUCGAUUGCUUGGAUUUGUAGCCUACCUCUCUGUGGGAUUGUUUAUGGAUAUCAUUUUGUCCAUUGACCGAAGAUUCAGCUGUUCGUAAUGUUGUAUGUGGAGUGCGUCUUCUGCGUUUUUUUUAACAGUGCGAACUAAACAAUGACGCCUGGGUCAGAAGUGUCAAGGAGCCUGGGAAGAAGACGCAACCUUCUCGGUCAAAAAGUUAUAAAUGGUCGACUAUAGUACGGCUGUCGUAAGUUUCAUACAGUUAGCCGAUAUAAUUUUCCAUCUAUCUGGUGGACUUUACGCAAAUUAAUGAGGGAGAAACCAGCGCGCACUUUUACUCCCUUUGUAUUUCCACCAAUGGUUCAAUGGUGCUGAUAACCGAGAGCCGGGAUGGAGCUGGUUCUCCGGGGAAAGGCAAACAAGUUCAGCAGGUUAAAAGUAACGCUCAAGUUCAUCCCGUAGCGGACAUCAAAGUCGUGUUGUCGGAGGACGACAGCAACCUCGGCGACUACGAAUCGCAGGUCAUUGAGGAGGAUGAUUUCGAGGAGUACGAUGACUUCUCGGAACUACGGGACUGCAGAAGCAUCGCCUCUGAUGACUCUUUCUAUCCAGCUGACUACAAUUGGGAGGACAGUGUUCAAAGCCCCCCUCCUGACAGUCCAGAACCACUGACUUUAUUCCAGGCGUGUUGUGCAAACAACGUCGCCAUGGUCAAACUCAUGCUGAGACAAGGGGUGAUUGAUGAGGAUGUCACAGAGACAGACAAGAACAGUCGAACGGGCCUGAUGGUGGCGUGUUACCAAGGCUACGUGGACGUAGUCAUCGCCCUCUCCCAGUGUCCACACCUGGACGUCAACUGGCAGGACAACGAGGGCAACACCGCACUCAUCAUGGCCGCCCAAGCAGGGCACAUCACCAUCACCAACUACCUGUUGAACUACUUCCCGGGCGUGGACCUGGAGAAGAAGAACGUCCACGGCUUCACGGCCCUGAUGAAGGCUGCCAUGCAGGGGCGCCUGGAGUGCGUGCGCGCCCUCAUGCUGGCAGGAGCCAACGUGACGGUGCGCGACACGGGCCGCAAGCUGACGGCGCGCGAGUGGGCCCUGUUCACCAGCCGCUACGACACGGCCAACACCAUGACGCGCCUGCUGAGCCGGCCCUGCCCCGAGCAGCUGUCCACCUCCUACCAGCCCGAGUGGCCGCUGCUCUCCGUCCUGGUGGCCAAGGCUAAGGAGCCCAAGGGCUACCUGCGCCGCAUCUCCGACACCAUCCGCGGCUCCUUCACCUUGGCCAACAUCACCAACCCGUCGGACGACGGUGCGCUGGACCACAUGGUGCGCAUCACCACGGGCCUCAACAGCCCCUUCGUCAGCGUGGCGUGCCGCACCGUGUGCCCGGCCAGCCCGCCCCGCGUGGGCAAGCACCGCCUGUCCGUGCCCGAGAUCCUGCGCCGGCAGCGGGCCGAGCAGACGAAGGGUCCGGGGAGGAUCGAGAACUACAAGAAGAUGUUCCAGAACUCCAAGGUGGUGCUGCUGCCCAAGCCCAAGGACCGGCGCACCAGCCUGCAGCCCCACCUCAUGAUCAAGGAGGCUACUACCGUGGCCGAGCUGUCCACCAUGGAGGCCCUGCGCAGGGGGAGCCUGAUGCCUCUACACCUGGUACGGAGGAGCAGUGUGAGGCCGGGCCCUCCGCUGGUCCCCAGGCUGCGUAUCUCCAAGGCACCGGUGCCGGACUACGAACCGGAGAUAGAGAAGAGCCGGAGGAAGAGCAGUAGCAAGGAGGCCAACCAGUUCCUGCAGAUCCCCAAGUGGAAGUACAAGGAGGCCAAGGAGGAGCGCAAGAAGGCGGAGGAGGCCGAGAAGAAGAGGCAGGAGGAGGCGCAGAGGGGUAAACAGCAGGAGGUGGUGCCCACACGGAAACGAUCACCAUCCCGGAAGAAGAAAUGACCAUGCCGGUGUGCUGCUGUCGGGGUGGGCUGCUUCUGCGAGAUGAGCUGCCCACUAACUGUACCUGACACCGGCAUCAUACGUAUGACAAGACAGUGUCAUAAGAGUGUCAUAACGCAGUCAUGGACGUGGCAUACACAUUUUGUCAAUGGCGUACACAUUUUAUGACUGUUGUCAUUAAGUGACGUUCAGUUAUGGUAAAGACAGCCCAAACAAUGUCAACUUUUAAUGACCACAAAACGUUUACAGCGUUGACAUAAUGUGACAUAAUGUGUCAUGACACUAUUUUCACACUUUUGUGAUGCGAGUAAGUCAUGCGUAUGACACCGGUGUCGAGUCAUGUGUAAGCCAUAGCCCAAACCUAAACUCAAACCUAAAUUGGCAGCGCACCUCCUCAAGUAGCCCACAUCGAUUCGACACACCACGAACAUUUCUUGUGGACCAAUUGACUGUCAAGCCUGGUCUGAGCCUUACCAUGGACUCUUAUUUAAUACUUGAAAAGUUUUUAAUAAUAAUUUAUUUUUAUAUUUAUGUUUUAUUUUUAAACAAACAUAUUUUGAUAGAAAGUAAACACUGCAUAGCUUUUUUUCAAUUUGGCUUCACUACAGGGGUUUGUCUGACA